AUCUUGUUAUCUAAUUGUCUUGUCCCUAAUCUGAUAAGUCCGUCAUUGUAAGCAAUUUUAUACAACGCAAACGGAAAAAUGAUGACCGCUUUCAACAAAAUUCAAUUGAUUGGGAUAUUGUGUAGCAUAACAGGUUCCAGUGGGUUGCUUUGCUAUUCUUGUAAUGAUAUUAGAAUUAGUGAGGAUUGCAUGAAUGCAGUGGAGUGUACUGGCAGGGAGGAAUGUUUCACAAGGGCGGAUGGUUAUAUCAAUGGAAGUGUUCUCUACACAGCUGGAUGCACAUAUGACAUGGUACCAGUUGGUCAAAGAAGUCAAACAUUUUGUUCGGAAGUGUGCAAUGAAAAUCUAUGUAACUUAGACAAGUGUCAACUUCCAGUAUCUCCAAGAUGCAACAUAACUCGACCACCGCGAUGUUUGUCAUGUGAUUUGAUUGAGGAUCCUGCUCAAUGCAAAAACCUUGUACAAUGUCAGAGCGAUGAGAUGUGCUUCGUUCGAAAAGUUGUUAUCUAUGGCAACACUAGAUACAGACUUGGUUGUAUGAAUUUGCAGCACUGCUCUGCUGCGCCGAAACAAUCAUCCCCUUCUCCGGCCUUGGUAGGGAAAUGCUCUGAUGGUACAGAUAGUUCGUGUUCAUUGUGUUGUUCGGAAGAUCACUGUAAUAUUAAAUCUUGUGGAAGUCAGCGAAUUUCAGUAUCAGAUGACCACAUUUAUGACUUGCAUCUACUUAAAGAUGAGAGGACGUGCAUGGAUUUCAAUCCAACAGCCUGUGCUGCAUUUGGUUCACUAAAUAAAGAAGCAUGCAAAGCAAUAGCCAACGUCGAUAACCUUUGCCCCGCAUCAUGUGGAAUGUGUGGGCAUUACGGUUGGACAGAAUGGGGAGAAUGGUCUGCAUGUUCACAGUCAUGUAACGACGGAACUUCUGUAAGAUACCGAAUAUGCGUACAUCAGCUUGAUGCUGCGAGGAACCAGACGUGUGUAGGGACGGGAAGUGAUACUAAGAACUGUAGCAUUCAACCAUGUGCAGGUAUUUUUCAUCUAAAAUAUGAGUUAAUUCCCAAAGUCUUCUGAUUUGGUCUGUUGUUUGAAAGGUAUGGGCAAUCUGGUAAAAAAAUAAGG